UUGCUGCUCCUCCACUCAAAAGAAGAAAAAAAAAGUUGCUGCUCCCUGGCAGCAGGCAGACCGGGCCAGCUCAGGCACGGAGCCGCUCGCCGCCUCCGCCACGGCGGUUACCGGCGAUGAACGGCGGGCUCCCUGGAUUCCACAAUGCGCCGGCAUCGAGGGCCGUGGUCGUCGCCUCCGCGCUCUUCUCCGUCCCCUUCGGCUUCCGCGGCCGCUUCCUCGACCUCGGCCUUUCCUACCAGAAUGUUUACGAAAGGCUGAGUAUAUGGAGGCUUAUUACCUCGUUGUUUGCUUUCUCGUCGACCCCUGAGCUGAUAUUUGGAGCCGCGCUGCUGUACUACUUCAGGGUGUUCGAAAGGCAAAUAGGUUCUAACAAGUAUGCUGUCUUCAUUGUAUUCUCAACCAUGGUGUCUGUCCUGCUUCAGAUCCUUGCUUUAGGUUACCUGAAAGAUCCUUCUAUAAAUCCUCUGACGUCAGGACCCUAUGGCCUCAUUUUUGCAUCUUAUGUGCCAUUCUUCUUUGACAUUCCGGUCUCAAUGAGGUUCCGCAUAUUUCGACUGAGCUUAAGUGAUAAGUCAUUUGUAUAUUUGGCUGGACUCCAGCUUCUUUGCUCAUCUGGAAGACGUUCUGUUGUACCUGGAGUUUCUGGCAUAAUAGCUGGCCUUUUGUAUCGCCUGAAUACAUUUGGCAUCCGCAGGUUGAAGUUCCCAGAGUUUGUAACAUCACUCUUCUCGCGGGUAUCGUGGCCCUUUUCUAGCAAUCCUUAUCAAGGGUUGCCGACUACAGAAAAUGAUGCAAACAUUUCUUCUCCCCAGGUACAUCAAACUCAGGAUGUGAGCACCUUAACCAAAGAUGUUAAUCUCGAACUGAUCCCAUUUUAUAGCCUGUGCACACAGCUACCCAAGACCCCCCAGAAUCCUCUAUUGCCGCGCUCGUGUCCAUGGGCUUCGAUCGUAGCUCUGCCGUUCAAGCGCUUGUAUUGACAAACAAUGAUGUUAAUUUGGCCUCGAACAUUCUGCUUGAAGCACAAGCUCUGCAGCAAUGAUACCCUGUAGUCAAAAGAUAGACGCUCUGUACAUUAAUGGAUGUGAAGUGUUUCAUUCAUUCUUCUGUACCAGAUUUUAUCUCAGGAUUUAUUGUUCACAAACAAACCAUUGUACAGCACAGAAUUAGAGGAAAGAAGCAAAAUGGAUACUUGAGCUGUCAAUUUGCUUGCU